AUUUCCAGAGUCAUUUGAGAGACAUCAAAAUUCGGACAUCCAAAUUAGAAGUAAAAUUAGAUGUGUGUGUAGGAGGCACUGUGAUUCUUCGCAAAGGCAUGCAGAGAAAGCGUUCGUCAUUCAAGCCGAUGCCUGUUGUUCUUGCCGAUGACGAUCGAAGGCUUGACAUAAUCUCGAAAUGUCAGAUAUGCUGUUGCGUUUCGGUCAAUUCGCCAGGUCCACUCGUCUUUAUAUCGGCUCAGGAUCCCUUCGCGGCACACACGUGGGGUGCAGGAUUGCCACUUCAGCUCGUCUAGAAAGGAUCAAUGAUGGGGAUGCUGCGGCUCUACAUUAUGCUGGUCUUGGAUUGGACCGUGCAACGCACAUCAGGAAUGAUGAAGCGAAGCUCAAGGAGCUUGCCGGUCGCUCAGACGCGAAGUUAGUUCCUGUUUUCGAGGGCAAGAACCUCGUGACACACAGCCAAGGGCUAUCCUCUGCCGUCCUGCCCUUGCAGAAUGCAGAGCAGUACCUCAUACCAGACAGCUUAGUCUUCCUGGGCCUGGAGCCCGGAGGGGUGCCUGUCUUUGGCGCUGCCUGCAGACCGGAGUGCGAGGAAUGGCUUAGCCCCCUCGUGGCAGAAGCUGGCGCAGGGGCCAGGUGGGUGGAUCUGCGCAAGGAGGGGCCAAAGUUGGCGGGGGACCAGGCUGCGCUUUUGGCAUUGGCCCAGGCCUUGUUGCGCUGGAAUGAGAACAAUGCCUUCUGCGGCAGGACGGGCGCGCCCACUGCGGCCAUGCAAGGGGGCCAUGCACGGGUUGCAGCCUCGCCGCGGGCUAGGGUAGUGUACCCCAGGAUCGACCCAGCGGUCAUCGCACUUGUGUACUGCGGCGAUUAUGCACUGCUCGGGCGCCAGUCCCGGUGGGCGCCCGGCCGCUACUCCUGCCUGGCAGGCUUUGCUGAGGUCGGGGAGACGCUGGAGCUGGCAGUGGGGAGGGAGGUGAAGGAGGAGUCUGGGGUGGCGGUGGACCCCCACAGCAUCCAGUACGUGGCCAGUCAGCCGUGGCCCUUCCCCCAGUCGCUCAUGAUCGGCUUCAUGGCCACCGCUGCAGCGCCUGACCGGUCCCAUGCCUGGAGCCUGGCACGCCAGCGGCUACAGGGAUUGCACCACGGGUGCACAGAGGAGGAGGUGGGGUUCACGCUGGUGGAGGAGCUGUGCCUGCAGCAGCCGCUGGUGGACAUAACAGAGCUUGAGGAUGCGCGCUGGUUUCACCGCUCCUGGUUGCGCAGGCACCUGCACCACGCAGCUGAUGGGAGCGGGUGGGACACGAGCGAGGCAGAGUCGAGUAGCAGCACAGCAGCCAGCGUCAGCUUCUCAAUCCCCGGCAGCUAUGCUCUGGCGCACCGCCUCAUACAUACCUUCAUGGCGCUGGAGCAGCCUGCCAAAGGAGAUGCUCGCCAUUGGAGACAGGCACGCAUCCAGACCUGUCAUUGCGUCAUGGCCUUUGAUGCUGUUCCUGAUGUGAAGGAAGUGGAUAUUGAUGAGAGCGGAACUUACAAGUACGUUCUGUUGCGGCUUCAAAGCAAGAGCAACAGCAUGAGCAGACUGUUAGUGAGGGGCAACAAGCGAGCUGGCUACCAUCAGGACAUCUUGGAGCUCGCUCAAGAAGUGGAUGCAGAUGACGACUCCCAAGUGGUCCCCUUAGGUGGCGGGCGUAUUGCUUUUGACGAAGAGAAGAGGACAAUUGAUAUCUACGGGUUCUCCUCUGCGUAUGACCAAGCGCCCCAUGAUAUCACAGCUGCCCUUGUCCGGCGCAGUUAUCCCUUCCACACUGUUUCUGUCUCGUAUUCUGGGUACUGA